UCGGAGCAACAAAUACUCUUCUAUCUGCACUCGAGGUCCCAAAUAUUUCUCAUCCUCAUUCACUAUCCUCAUAUUCAUCGGCCCUUUUCUUUCAGCAUCUGUACUGAGGUACCUCCAUGGUCGGAGCACUUUUCCACCCCCUUGGAAACUCCACCGUACUUUUCUCACGCAGAUCAGAUCUCCGCCGUUAUCGUCCCUUGCUGUCGAAACUCUCCACGGCGGCGCAAAUCACGCGUGCCCCCUCUUCUUCUUCUUCUUCUUCUUCUUCUUCUCCUCCUCCUCCUUCCUCCUGGGCUGCUUCUCUGCAGGCAGACAUUGAAGCCCAUAUCAAGCAGGUUCUUCCCAUGAAGGAACCCCUCGUGGUCUUUGAGCCCAUGCACCAUUUGGUCUUCACCGCCCCACGAACCACAGUGCCGGCGCUCUGUGUGGCAGCUUGCGAGCUCGUCGGCGGCCAUCAGGACCAGGCCUUGCCGGCGGCUUCAACCCUGCUACUCAUGCUUGCAGCCGCCUACACUCACGAACACCUCCCAUUAACAGAUAGGCCCAGGCCCAAGCCCAAAUGGGACCAUGUGUACGAUCCGAACAUGGAGCUUCUUGCCGGAGAUGGAAUCAUACCAUUCGGGUUUGAACUAUUGGCGAGAUCCAACGACCCGACCCUAGACAAUUCAGAUGAGAUCCUGCGUGUCAUGGUGGAGAUCUCACGUGCGGUGGGAUCGGAGGGCUUGGUGGAGGGGCAAUAUCGUAAAUUCGUGAGGACUCAGUUGUAGGGGUGAGAAUCGUUGGAUGGUGGAGCAAGCAUGGAGCGAGAGGUAGAAAAGGGCGAAGGUGGAAUGCACGCGUGCGGAGCUGCGUGUGGGGCAAUGUUGGGAGGUGGAAGUGAGGAGGAGAUAGAGAAACUGAGGAAAUAUGGCUUUUAUGUGGGGAUGAUGCAAGGGUUGCUGCAGAGAGUUGAGAAGGCAGAGCAAGGGUUAGGGAAAGAAGUGGAAGACACAAGGAAUUGGGCAUUUGAGGAAUUGAAAUUCUUCAAGGGUAGAAAUAUUGAAGUAAUUUCUAGUUUCAUUAAUGUUUGAAUGAAGAAUGAUGUUGUCAUAAUAAUAUAAUAUGAAUUUGGUGGAUAAAAGAAGAAUCAAUAGUUAAUACUCAUUAUCAUUUGAAGGUAAAAAAAUAAAAUAAAAUAGUCAUUAUCAUGUUUUUGUGAACAAGAGUACUGUACUAAUUUGGGAUUUGAGAAUGGGACUGAUUACCUACUCUUGAAUAAAGUGAUAAGAGUAGUACGACGUAGGGACUAUCCAUGCUGUAUCAAUAUUUUAAGAAAAUAAUGGAAUAUAAUUUUAUAUA